AGAGAACCCAAAGAUAACUUCACCUUUACUGACGAUGUGAUUGUCACUAGCCACUUCUUGAAGCAUACUCGACUGACAGAACAUCACCCUGAUGUAAAUUAUUUCACGAUUAAAAUGAUGCACGCCAGGACACCCGCCCUAUGUCUAGUCAUGUUUUCGGCUCUAGCUGCAGGAUAUCCGUCUUCAAGCCCUGUUGAGAACACGCAUGGUCCCACGAAGAUCGAACUACUUGUCGCUAGAGGAGAGCAGGGCACGUCCAUCGCAGUACCUACAUCUACGGCAGCUACAGAUACUGCCGACUCGAGGGAAAAUACUAAAUUAGCAACAUCUAUAUCACCUACAAGCAAGACCAGUGCGCCUGUAGUCGAUUCGGGGGACAGGACAAGAGUUGAAUUGGAGAGCAACAAACCGGCUCUGAAGUAUUUCCAAACUUUACUCGUAGAUGUGUUGCAGCCUCAACCAAUUCUGGACACAAUUCGGGAGGAAGAGAAGUAUGGAAAUGAUGGGGAAAAACUUGGUCAAAUCGGGCGCAGCAUCGUGAGCGGUGUAACAAAGUUCACCAGUUUCCUUGGCUCCACUGUUGAUUUACCAUAUGAAGUACUGAAGAGCAUCACAAGGAAGGCAACAGAGACGCUCAACAAUGUAGGAGCAAAGAUAGUUGGUAUUUGAAUCAAGGACUUUGUUGGUCUGUGAACUGUUUGUUGAAAAGGACAAUAGAUAUUCACAAAGAAAGUUUUCAAGUCUGUACAAGAAAAGUGGCAAUUAUUUGUAAUUAUGUUAUAUAUUUACAAUAUUGCUAGAUUUUGAUUGUUCAUGUAACUGUCUACAAUUCUAUGGUUAUUUCUGCAAUUUACCAAUUUAAUUCACCUUUACAGUAAUGUAAACUCUGCCAAACAAGAGACUGAACACAUUAUUGCCUGCUUUUAAUUUUUCCUACAAUCACAAAAUGUGGAAAGAGAGAACAUGCUUGUAUGUAUGGAGGAUGAAUGUCCUUUGUUUCGUCAAUUGCAAAGUAAUACACUACAGUUAUUUCUGUGAUUAAAGAUGCCAUAAAACUGUUAACACAAAGUGUAAUAUUUUUAUCAGUUUCCAUUGUAAUCUUUCCUACAUUCUUUUCUUUCCACACUGCCAUGCAUCAUUACACUUGAAUUUGUUGUAUAGAAAUUGUGAGCUGCAACCACGAAAAUAUCACCAAGAAUCCAGAAACUCCACCCAGUUGCCAUGAACAGGCAACCUGAAGUAAGCAUAUUUUCACUGCAGUUUACAUGUUAUAGGGGACACGCAGUAGCAUAGUUGGUUGAGGCUGAAAAGUUUUGAAAUAUCUUCUAUAAAUUCUUAGAAUGCACAAUAUUCCAGAACUGCAGACAAAUUUGUACAUGAUUUAAGUGAUAUUUCUGGAGUCCUGAAUACAUUUGUUUAGAAAUAUGUCAUUCAUUCAUUCAUUCAGUCAUAAACUUUAAUGUCUUAAGAUACAAAACAGAAGAUAAUUUUCCAUGGAUAUGUCUACCUGAAUGUCAGUUUUACCAUAGUUCCAAAAAUAAAAACCCAAAGCAGAAUUUUAUGAAUGAGUAAUCUGAAACUCUAUGAAUCAGUUAACACAAGGUUAAGUUAUAAAGAACAGAAAUAUUUUCAUUAUUAAGAUAUAACACUAAGUAAAUAAUUAAAAAGCAACAGACUGUAAUAUGUUUACUUAUUUACAACACAGAUAUAUUUAUUACAUCAUGCACAAGUAUGCCCCGACUUACAUAUAUAUUUUAAUUUAUGUGAAUUUUUCUUUAACACAUAAAUUUGCUGCUUUCAUAUAGAAAAGUGAAUUUAAGAAAACUCUGUUGUAAACAACAUCUAUUUAUAACAUUAUUGCUACUGGAAAAAGAAUUUCAAAUUAUGCAACUGCUCUCAAAAAUGUAACCAUCUUGUAAGUCAAGAAAUACCUGUAUUAUGUAAGACUGAAUGCAUAUUUUAUUAUUAUUGUAUUGACUGUAUCUGUUAUAUAACUUAAAAAAUUAAUAAUAAUAAUAAUAAUAAUUCCCAACACCAUUAGCUAUAAAACAAUAUUCAAAUUGUUUCUAUAUAAUAAAUUAACACUGGCACAUUACAACCAAACAAAUAUUGUUCAAAAUUAAAACAAUGAUGUGUACUUCUUUUAGGAAGCAAUGCUAAUAAAAUUAUGCAGAACUUUUCAGAUAUCAUUGUUACCAUUGUACAUUUCAUACAUUCAAUUCAGUAGAAUACCUAUGGUACAACAUGCAAAUUUGAUCUAUGAAUACAGGAAAUAUGUAUGACAUAAGGGAUAAAAUAUGGAUGAUGUAUCAAAAAGUUUCAUAUUGAUCUGAAAAAUAUGAACAACUGAAGUUCUUUGUAGAAAAUACUCCUUCUAAGAUAGAAGAAUAUUUAAGCUGUGACUCAAACAUGCUGCAAAACUUUUACACAAGGUUAUCACAGAAGAUACAAUUCUUCAUAGUCACCACUGGGACAGCCUCAAAUCCAACAGGGCAACAUAUACACACUAUGAAAUAAAAUAUCACACAAAAUAUUUUUAGACUCUGCUGUAAGUGAAUUGAGGAUAUGAAAAUAUGGCCUCAAGCUCAGCCUACUAUAUCCCUGGUACCCAUUGCAUUGGACACUAAGUGGGACCCAGAACUAGUCUAAAAAUGGUUCCUGUAGAUAUCUGGAAUGUAAUUGCAGCCAUACAACAUGACACUUCACUGAUUGAGCUAUCCUGGCUCAUAAACAGAAAUAUGUUCUAUGCUACUAUAUAUACAAUUUGAAAAAA